AUGGGCGCGCCCGCGAGCGGCGGCGGACCGACGAGCGUGACGGGACACGUGUGGACGACGUACGGCGGGUGGUUCGCGGAUCCGAAGGCGUGGAAACGAAACACGGUCGGGGGAUUCGUCGCGCUCGGCGCGCUGGCGAUGAUGACGUUCAACUACUCGCGCGCGCGGGAGAAGCGGCCGAUAUAUCCCGCGCACGCGAUACCGAGCCAGAGGUGGAGCGGGGCGUUCGACGCGAACGGGCCGAAGGCGGUGUAG